AUGGACCGGCCUCGGAAGCGCGAAUUGCGCGAACUGAACAUCCGCGCCUGGGAUGGCGAACAAGACGUCUUCGCCGUGCAAGGCUCCCUCGACUCGUCUAUGAAAAAGAACACGGCCUUUAUCAAGCGCCUGCGAACCGCCGUAAACGCCGCCGCCCAAGCGCAGUUCCUCCAGGAAAUCCGCGCCCUAUCUCUCCACAAAUACCUUUCCGAGAUUAUCUCAGCCUGCUACGAGGGCCUGUGCAGGCUCAAGACGCCCGGCGAGAUUGCUGCCGGUGUGGAAAUUGUCAGCGCUCUCCAUCAACGCUUCGGCCCGACCGAGUUCACGGGAUACAUUGCCUGGUAUAUUGGGAGGGGCUUAGCAACGCCGGACAAGUCACACCUCAAGACACUGGCCCCCGAAGUGCGCGAGCGCGAGGAGAAGGAGCGCCUGGCACGUCAGCGCGUACUGCUGCGAGUCGCUACCGAACUCUGGCUUGUGGGUGUUCUGCGCAGCCUGGAUGACGUAGCUCGACCUGAAGAGGCGAGCAAGACCAAGGACAAUGGCAAGCUCGUCGAGGGCGCCGCAAAGGCAAAGUCCCGCGCGGAGAGCGCCGACGCCGAGCCCUUUCCUCUCGAGGUGCUGAAGGACAUGCUGGGACACGACCGCGAACAUGUCAACUUGCCCCUCGUCGUCAUCUUCGUCAAAGCCUUCGCCUGGGAUAUUCUGGGGUCCAAGCCUCCUUCGGCAGAGGGCCGUAAAACAGUCAAUGAGGACGGCACUACAACAGCAGAGAAGAAUGGAGACACUUCCGGCGCUGAAGACGAGGACCACGACCCACCCAUCAUCUCCCCCGACUUGCAACAGCGGUUCAGGAACAUUCUCACCCGCUACUUUGAAGACGUCAAGACGCACCUCCUCCGCGACCAGAAACACAUCCUCAGUCAGGGUCGGAAGAACGCCGAAGCAUACGUCAAGUCGGGCGAGGUCUUCGAGGACCGUCAGAACAACUACGAGAAGCAGAUGAAGUCCCAAGAGCGCUUGGUGACAAAUGCACAGGUGCUGGCCGACGCAUUGGGUGUGGAAAUGCCAGACUUGAAAGAGAAGGACAACUCCGCAAACACGGGUGAUGGUGCUAUUGGCCUCAUCAAGGCGGGCGAAUAUCUGCGUGGCCAAAGCGACGGCGCUGGCAUCUGGGAAGACGAGGAUGAGCGCCGUUUCUACGAGAACCUGAUCGACCUGAAGGACCGCGUCCCGGGUAUUCUGCUAGAGGAAGUCAAGAAGAAGAAGGCAGAUGGUGAUGACCAGGUGGGGAAGAAAAUCGAGGCAAAGACCGAGACCAUCGAGAAGGAGACACCGGACACUGCCAAUGACGCAAAACCGACCGAUGGAGAAGACCAAUCGACUGCUAUCGCGAACAAGUCCGUCGGAGCACAGGUCGAUGCCCUAUUGGCGCGUCUGCCGGAACUCGCAACCAAGGACGCCGUCGAUCAGACUGCCAUGGAUUUCUGCUUCCUGAACUCCAAGGCCUCGCGCAACCGUCUGAUUAAAGCUGUGCAGGAGAUUCCCAAGGGCCGAUCCGAUCUACUCCCCCUGUACUCUAGACUCAUCGCAACCCUCGGCAAGUACAUGCCAGAUGUGGCCCAGGGACUGGUAUCCUACCUGGACGAGGAGUUCAGAAGCUUGCAGCGUCGAAAGUCCAAAGACUUUCUCGGACAGGUGCGAACGCAGAAUGUACGCUACCUUGCAGAGUUGACCAAGUUCGGUGUCGUCCCUGAGCACGUCAUCUUCCACUGUCUCAAAGUCAGCCUAGACGACUUCUCACGGAUGAACAUUGAGAUCAUCUGCAACCUCUUGGAAAACUGCGGACGCUAUCUGCUUCGCAAUCCCGAAACGUCUCCUCGUAUGCAUUCCUUCCUCGAAACUCUUCAGCGAAAGAAGGGCGCUCAGGUGAUUGGCCAACAAGAGCGCAUGUUGAUCGAGAACGCUGUCUACUAUGUGAACCCACCAGAACGCGCUGCAAUCGAACAGAAAGAGCGGACGCCUAUCGAGCUCUUCCUACGCAAGAUCAUGUACCAGGACCUGACUCGUCGCACGCUGGACAAAACCAUCAAGCAGGUACGCAAGAUGCACUGGGAGGAAGAGGAAGUAGUAAAUCUUCUCCACAAGGUCUUUGCAAAACCGGGGAAGAUCAAGUACAGCAACAUCCACUUGCUAGCCGUCAUGCUCGGAACAAUCCACCGAUUUCACCAAGACUUCGCCAUCUCCGUCAUUGACGACCUUCUCGAGUCCAUCACAUUCGGGCUAGAGUUGAACGACUUCAAGUUCAACCAACGCCGGAUCUCUGAAGUCAAGUAUCUCGGUGAACUUUACAUCUACCGAUUGGUUGACUCGCCUCUUGUUUUCGACACUCUAUACAAGCUCCUGAACUACGGGUGGGAGGGUGGCUAUGCACGACCUGGGGGAUACAAUCCGCUGGAUCAACCGGACGACUACUUCCGCAUUCGUCUCGUCUGCAACCUUCUCGAAACCUGCGGCAUGUACUACGACAAAGGUGCAGCGAAGAAGAAGCUUGACUUCUUCCUCACGUAUCUGCAGUACUAUGUCUGCAUCAAGGAGGCAUUGCCGAUGGACGUGGAGUUUAUCGUGCAAGACGCAUUCAAUCUCGUCAGACCGCAGUGGAAAAUCAUCACCAACCCAGAGGAAGCUUCACGUGCCUUUGCCGAAGCCGUCAAACAGAACUACCAAACAUCUUCAGCCGACAAGCCUGUUGAGCCCGACGAAGACGACCUCUCUGCAUCAGACGACGAGAUGGAUGGCCCCGAAGACGAGGACGUCGUCCUACCCGAUGGAGAAGGAGACAAGUCAUCUGGUGAAGAAGACGAUGAAUCUGACGAUGAGGAGCCUGUGAAGCAGACAUCUUCAGACGAAGAGGAAGAACAGAUUGUGGUAACACGGCAAGAAGACGAACGCGAUCCAGAAGCCGAUGCUGAGUUCGAUCGCGAGCUUGCUAAGCUCAUGUCAGAGAGUGCAGAAUCGCGUAAGCAUGACCGAAAGCCUGUGUUCGACGUGCCGCUACCCAUGCGCCGUGCUCGAGAGGCUCCGGUCAAUGCUGAAGACGUCGGAAACGAAGUGCCCAUUCCGGAGGCUCCAGUUCCUUCGCAGACGAUGAAAUUCUCCCUGCUCAGCAAGCGUGGCAACAGAACGCAGACCCGAUCUAUUGACCUCCCUUCAGAUUCGACCUUUGCUGUCGCCAUGCGUAACAAACAGCAAGCAGACACAGAAGAACGACAGCGAAUCAAGAGCCUCGUCCUGAACUACAACGAAGCUCGCGACGAUGCUGACGACACGACUGGUGAUGCGCCUUUUCAUUACACCCUUCAACCUAAUACCAACAGAAUACGUAUUGACUCCCCUCAAGGUCUGGAUAAGACUCCGAAUCCGUAUGCGCAGCCGCGCCUCGACAAAGCUGGUGCAAACCGUAGCAAUCAGCGUGCAAGGAAGCUACAGCUGUCAGAUGUCAAUUGGUAUGACUCCCAAUCCUCUCUUCGGCAGAGUCGCCCUGGGACUGGUGCAACGUCUGCUUCAAUGCCUAAACCGCUUUCGGUGGUCGGAUCAAAGCGUUGA